UGUCAAAAAUAGUUUGUAGUGUUUACAAUUCGUUUAUGCUGUACAAAAUUAUCCCAACAGUUUAACUAUUGUUGUUAAUUAAACAUUUCAACGUUUUGUUAACAAACGCAAGCCGGUCGUUUAAAAAAUCUUGGCCUCUUUUGAAGAAUAAUGAGCAAUUACUCGGAGAACGAGGAUGACCCAGAUGUUUUCGAGAGCUCUGGGGAUGAAUGGAGAGAAGAUGAAGAAGAGGAAGAGGUCAAAAAAAGAAGUACCAGUCGAAGAUCAUCGCAGAGGUUGAGCAAAAAGCCCCGCAAAAAAGUCGUUGAAGUCGACACGAGCGAUGAAGAAUUUGAGGAAGAUUCGGAUGUCGAAUUAAAAAGGAAAAAACCUAAAAACGGUGUCGCCAAGAAGGCGAAACCCAAGCAAGAAGAACCAGAAAAAUCACCGGACGAAGAAGAGGAAGAUGCGGAAGCGGAAUCCGAGGCUAAAGCCGAAGAGAAAACCGAGAAACAGUCGCCAAAUUCCGACGAAAAGGCCGCUCCAGUGUCUACAGCCACUACAGUACCCGCUUCGAGGACUGUGAACAAGAAAUUUGUUCCAAAAACCAUUUAUUCUGAGGAAUAUGCGACGGGGUCCUUUGUAAUUCUUAAGAAGGACGCCCAAGUGGGAGAUCCAUCGAAGCACCCUUGCUUGUGGAGGAUUGAUGGAAAGGCUCUGUUGCAAAAGUAUGAAGCAUUCGAUGAGGAUGGUAAAGUCAGACAUAAAAACACUUCAGUGUACACUGGAUGGUCUCCGAUGGACAAAGAUUUAUAUGCACCAGUCACCGUUGAUGUUAUUCAACACAAUAACCAAAAUCUUACCGUAGAACUCCAUUGGGAUAAGUUAAAAACGAUUAAUAUGGAUAGUGAUUAAUUCGUACUUCUUAAUUACACUUAAUUUGUAAUGUAAUGCAUUUUUAUGAUUUGUUUAAGGGUUUUAAAUGUUUAUUAAAAAACACGAUUGUUCUUUUUGAAAGCCAUUAUAUUCCUAAGUUAUUAGAAAUUAUUUUAUCGAAUGAAAUUUUUUGUUGUUUCUGGUAAUAAAAGAAAUAAUAUCCUGGAAACGUAACUCUUUAUUG